UUUGGAUGGUAUUUAGAUAAGACAACUAAAAACUGGUUAAUUACUAAACCAGCUAAUUAUUUUUAGUUUUGUCGCCACCGAAUCCACUGUUCCCACCAGGAACUUCAGCUGAGUAGCUGCAGGACACUGUCCGUUACCCACCACUUGCUUUUUGUUUUUGUAAAGAGGCCCAACAAAACCUUUAUCAUAACGAACAUGGCAAGUCUAAGUAAAUCUCAAGGCAAGACUGCAAAAAAGGAGGCGAGGCCCCGAAGCCCACCAGAGAAGAAGACCCUGAAGGCUUCAGAGGAGAUGUCGUGUGUCAGUGAGCAGCAUGCUCCCAGCCCCCCUCUUAAAGGGGAGGACAUCCAGGCCCUGGCCAUUCGCUCUGAGGACUUGAAGAAGCUGCGGGAGCCCCAGCCCCCCAGUGGCCAGCAGAAGCCGGCGGCGAUGAUGCGUGUCCUGGUGCGUAAGCCACGCCCCCCCGAGGAGAGCAGGAAGGGACAGAGAGUGGUGGUGGUGGCCCGCCCCCUCGCUCAGGCCUCCACCAAUCAGCCGCUGGACUACACAGGUCCUGGAGGUCCUCGGUUCGAUGCCCAGGGAAUGGUCCUGCCCCACAGCAUUCUGGGUAGUCUGGAGGACUUCAGAAGAGAGAUGGAGGCCAGGGGAGAGACAGAGUUGCUGAGUCGUAUCCCAGACACCCAGAGAAGACGCCCCCAGGUGGUGGGAGGUCAGAAGGGAGCCGGAGUCCAGAGCCACGCCCUGCAGCACUGGCACAGCCACAUGAGGCAGCGCAGACGCCAGCAGGACUUCAUUUCUAAUCUUCUCCAGAAGCCAGUGGAGGGCUUGUUGAUGAACCAGAGUAACAGCUUCAGGCAGACCCAGGAACAGAGAGAGCUGCUGUCCCGAACGCUGCCUGCCAUCCACCCAGGACAUGGCCAGCGUGUGGGCAGUGAGUUCUGGAGUCUUCCUGAGCAGUUUGGGGAGGAGCUGAGUGGCGUCAGGGCCACUCUGACCCAGAGCCAGAGAGGACGACAGCAGCCUCUCACACAUGGAGCACAGCCUGCCAGCAUCCGGCACGAGUCAGGGAACAUUCCCGUGGAGGUGUGUGAUGGAGCCAGGCGUACCUGGGACCAUAGUGUGUACCUGAAACACUGCAGACAGGAGCUACGAGACGUCCUCAAACACCUGGACGUUAGCCAGCCUGAAAUGGAUGGGUUGGAGGUUAUUGGCUCUGGACAGCCCUUCACGUCUGUCACAGUGGAGCGGAGCCCCCUAUUGGAGGAGGAGGAGAGGGGGGAGGAGCUAAAGGAGACAGAACAGAAGGAGAACCAUGACCCACUUGCCCAGUUUGAUGAUGUCAUGCUGGUUCCGGUGCUGGUUCCUUCUCUGAGAUUCUGCGGCCAGCGAGCCCGCUGGACUGGAAACGGCACCUCUCACAAGGGUGAGGUUGGCCUCAGUGCCCGGGUGCUGUUGGAGGCGUUGGAGGGAGAGAGCGUGUCUUCUGACCUGCAGAUCCACAACGAGGGCAGCACGGCCAUCUACUACAGCUGGCAGCGCCUGCCUCGACCCUGCAGCUUCCCACACACACACACACAGACACACACACAGCACUUCUACUUCAACACCUCCACAGGAGUGAUUCUGCCAGGUGAGACCCAGAGGGUGGAGUUCAUCUUCAAGUCGGAGCGUGCGGGCGUGCUGGGCGAGGCGUGGCGCUUCAACACCCACCCGGUCCUGAUGGGCGGAGCCUCGCUGCAGGUCAUCCUGCGCGGCGUGGCCCUCUGCCAAGACCGCACCGCCGACCAGCGGCUCGCCAUCCAGAGGGAGCUGGAGCAGAGGGUGGCUGUGACGGUGUGUCGCUCGUUGGUGUGUGACGUGUUACGAGGGGUCCGCACCCCAGAGAGACCCGGCUCUCCUGCUGAGCUCUACACCACAGAAGAAGAACACUUCCUCUCCAGCAACCCUCGGUUGCAGUACCAGUAUGAGACUGUGGAGGCGCUCAAGGCUCUGUGGCAGCAAGUAGCUGCAGCAGGAGAACCCUGGGACCUCUCAGUCACCACGCUCCGGCAGGUGGUGCUGGCCCUGCCCCAGGGGGAGGAGGGCCCCGAGGUAGCCCAGGACGGCCUCACCAGAGAGGGGGCGCUGGAACACUACAACUCCCUGCUUCUGCAGCUCGCUAGGCCGCAGCACACGGGCAGACCUUUGCCUCAGACUUCUGGAGG